AUGUUUCGCUUUCGCAAGACACUCGAUAUUGUGACGGUCUUUCACAAGGCCAGCUCUCCCGCAUCCGUGAGAGUCACAAACCUUCUCAAGCAGGUCUCCGCCAACGCAUCCUCCGGCGCCACUCUUGACCAAGCAAGCGAUCAUUCUGUCCAGACCGCUCCUAUCCGAGAAGAAUUUGAGCUCAAUAUCACUGAGGAUGCCCCAACAGAAGACCAAGUUAAGACAAUCCUGGAAUAUGUUGGAACCAGCGGCAUUCACAAGGUGAUCAACGGCGCAAACACCGAGAAGGAUGCGCUCAAGAAGUUCAAGGAAAGCAAGGAGAACUUCGUCCGACCGGUGGUUGUAGACUGGAACAAUGGCAAGGCCAUUGCUGGCGAAAACGAGUCUGAGAUUCUCAAGCUUCUCAAGCAACAGCAGUAA